CUGAGUGAACUACUGUAGCUUGUUGGCAGAUUCGUAAGGACGGACAGCGAUGAUCACUCGAAUACACUGAACAACUUAUCUGCAUCUUUAAUUCUCUAAACGCAUUAGGUCUAUCUUCCGAGCACACAGAGUCCCGAAUGUUCGGUGAAUCUGACUCGGAGAGCCCACGAGUGCCCUCCCCAUGGGACAUACUCACUUCCUUACCUCCAACACCAACACGCAACGAAAUCCUUCGACGAGGAAUACCGCAACUAGUUCCGGAAAGCGAAGAGGGUAAUGUAGAGUACAAGCUUCAUCUCCUUUCUCCUUCCCCCUCUCGUUUCACCCAUCUUGUCACACAACUUAAAUGGCGUCUUCUGGAAGGCGGUGGACAAGCAUACUACGAGCUUGGUGUGGCUGACUCCGGCGUACUAAUAGGGCUGGGGAGGCGGGAGAUGGAGGAAACAUUGGGUACCCUGGAAGAGAUGGCUGGCGAGAUUGGCGCUAGUGUUAUAGUGGUGAAGGAGAUUGAGGUGCCAGCGGAGGUGAGCGGAGUCAUUGAAGACUGGGGCGGGGAUGGAGGCAAACGAAGGAGACGUAGGCAAUUGAUGAACGAGGACUCAGAGACAACAACGACUACGGAGACCGAACUGGAGACUGCUGAUGCGGACGAUGAUCUUGCAACAACAAGCAGCCAUGUGGAAGUGUUCUGCAUGGACGAUGAGAAAGGUGACUCGUCAUCAGACGGCGCGGCACUUACGCUGGACCUCGAAAUUGCGACCGUGUAUAAACCUCGCCCAUUCCGCCGCCGUGUUGCGAGCACCAUGCAAGGCCACUCGGAUAGGCGCAAAGGCAAGGGCAAGAAACCUAAACAUUUGCUUGCGCAUACCCGUACUCAACCUAAUUCACAUUUCGAGCAUCAUACACAUCACUUGCACUACUCCAAUGUUCUCAACCAUACACACCCAACUGAGCCCCCAAUCCACUCAGCGACUGACAGUAAACAAUCAAAGCGCCGCGCAGCAAGAGACAAGCGACGUGAGGCCAAGCGUGAUCCUCAUCUCAUGCACGUUCCAACCAUUAAUACCGAGGAAAGGGGCGAGCUUGUCUCAGGCCUGGAAUACUUUCACGUCACACUUGAGCCUGAAUACUUGCGCGUGGCGUCCGCGCCUCCCGAAAUCGAGACCUCAGUGCAUGAUGAUGCACACCUCGAAGACCCCCGAGAUGUCGAAGUAUGCUCUGGGUCACCCUCUUCUAUUUUUGCGGAAACGUAUUGUCACCAGUCCGUUACAGACAAGUUGGCCUCCCCACCUGAGAUCAUGUUGACUUCGUCCAAAUCUCCUACUGCUGAGAUCGAGGCGGCAAUGUUAGAACCUCGGCUGAUCGUCGAGGCGCUUGUUGUUCGAAAAAUGUCACUGGAGGAGGCGUUUUUGGAUUUUGGAGGAUUCUCAGUGUGUUGAUACGGGUCUGUUGGCCCAGUCCCAUUUAACCGUUUAUAUUGUGCAAUUACACACUCGGACUCAUUUCUUGUAUUGCAGU